AUGUCAAACACUUUUUUGAAUUAAAAAUCUAAAACUCUAGCAGCCAAAAUUUAGUAAAAGUUUGAAUCAGAAGGCAUAUUUAAAAUAAAUAAUGAAAAUAUUUGGUCAUCAUUCUAUGAGAAUUUAGAUAAUAAUAUAAUAUACAAUGAAUAAUAUUUGAACAACAGUGAUAUUAGAUUAAGAGGAGGAGGAUGUGGCAAGUCAAAAAUUUAGAAGAAUAUCGACUCAUAACAGAAAAAUGAUGAAAAUUAAUAAAAGUAAGUGUAAUUGCCUGAAAACUAUAUUUCGAACCUUACGGAAUGUCUAAAGUUUAUAACAGAAUAAGCAACACUAAUUGGUGAUUCAAAUAAGAGAAAUGAAGUAAUAAAAAAGAUUCAAUGGUUUCUUUAUAACAGAGAAUACUUGAAUAAUUUUUGUAUUGAUGAAAAGGCGGGGAAAAAAAUUUAUGAUUUAAUGACAGCAGAUUUCGCUCAAUUAUUAGAGGUGUUGAUAAUUUAUUUAAGGAAUUCUGGAUUUAUUUGUUAUUAAAUUUUAUAGAUUUGUAAUGAACUGUUAAGAUCAAUAUAUUCACUUCUAUUGAAAAAUUCUGGAAGAUUUUUUGAAGAAUAAGUAAAGCAGGGAUACUUAUAAAAAUUAUAAGAAUUCGAUAUUUAAUUAGAAAUAGAAUAGGCUCAUGUUUGGAAGACAGGUAUAGAAUUUGAAGUAAAAAUAAUGAAAAUAAUGAUUAUGAAUUCCUAAACUAAUACCACUGAAGGAUAGGACUUAUUAAUUGACACUUUUAAAGAAGUUGCCAAAUCAAUUAUAUCAUUAUCUCCUUCUGAGGAUCUACUUUCUAAAAUUAUUGAUGGUGGCAAAUAUCUUCUUAAAAAAGGAAUUGAAAAGAAAUUGUAUCCUAAAGAAACUUAUGAAACUUAUUAUCUUUUUUAAAUGAUAAAAUGGUCUAUAAUCAAAUAACUAAAAUCAUAAUUUUCAGUCUAUAAGUAAAUAUAAAAAUUAAAAGAUAUAUUUUCUUAAUAUAUAGUAAUUUCAGAUAACUGGAUUAUUCAUUUUAGUUGGAUAUAAAUAAUUACUGAUAUAAUUGGAUAUCGUCCUAUUAUUGAUAAAUCAAUUUUAGAAAUGUAAAUAAAAGGUUUUUCAUUGAAUAAAUGGAAUCUACUAAUUGAGAAUAAUUUGAUUCGUUGUGUUUCUUAUAAUAAAAAUGAAGCUAUUAUGUAUUUAUUCGAUUAAGAAAGAAAAUUCCACGAUAUUGAAUUAACAAGUAUAUUGAAUAAUGAGGGUAAACAAAAGUUUUUAUUAUUUUCUUAAUUUUUAUUAAAAGGAGAUCUAAUUCAAAAUGUUAAUAUUUGGGAUUAUUAUAAAGAAUUCUCAUUUAAAAAAUAAGAAAAUAAAAAAUAAAAAGACUAUGAAAUCAUUCUAGCAAGUUAGGAAUAAGAAAUAUUAUAAAAUCUAAUUUAUAAUCUUAAAUCUGAAAAAGAUGAAGUAGUACAAAUUUAUGAAGGAAUUAUUUAAUCUUUUUCAAACUAUCCUUAAGAGUUUGAUUAAAUUUUUAUAUCAAUAUUUAAGGAUGAUCAAGAAGCAUCUUAAAAAUAAUUUUUAGAAGCUUUAAAAAAAUUAAUUUUAUUAUCCUAUAAAAUUUAAGAACUAUCAUAUUUUGAAGCUUCUAAAUUAGAUAUACUAUAACCUUACUAAGAAUAAUUUAAGAAUUAGGGUAAUUUAGAUGAUAUAAAAGGGAAGAUUGAUAUUUUUGUGAAUAGCGAAAUCAAAGUUUUUAUUAAUUCGCUUUUAGAUUACUUUUUAAUUUUUAUCUAAUUUUUAAGUACUGCUUAAAGUAAAAGUGUAUUUUUUGAUACAAAAAACGAAGUAAAUUAAGAUAAUAACAUUAAUUUAUUAGAGGUUGAUAAUUUUUAAAAGAUUUUUUCAACUUUUGAAGCUCAGUUUGAUUAAUUUUCUUUUAAUUUAAUUUAGUAUAAAACCAAUUUUUUAAAAUAUAUCGGAGAAAAUAAAAAAGAAAUCUCUUAAAAAAUAUCAGCUUAAAAUAUCAUAAGCACUUUUAAGUCUAAUUGUAAUGGAGAAUUGAUUGAUAAUAUAAUAAAGAAACUUUAAAGCGAGAUAUAUCAAAAUAAUCUUUAAUUAUAUAAUUCUUAAUUAAAAACUCUAGAUGAUGCAAAAUAAAAUUUGAUUUAGUGUAAAUUUAUCAUAAUGAUUUUAAAAUUCUUAAAGUAAUUCUCCAAUAUACAAUAAAAAUAUGUAUAGUUAAUUUAUAACUAGUUGUUAAAUUACACCAAAAAAAAUGAAAAGCAAAUAGAAUUCAAAGAUGAAAUUUAGAAAUAGAACAUUACUUCUGUUCUAACUUAAUAAUAAUUAAAAAUUUCAUAAUUAAAGAGCUAAACUAUUAAUGAAUCUGAUUAAACUUUUUAAUUAUGUUGCAAUAGCUUACUGUCUUAAAUACAAUCUGAUUUUUUUGUUAUUAAAAACGAUGGUGGUAAAUUUAAAACUUCAAUACUAGAAUUCUUUACAGAUGUUUAAUUUCAAAUUUUGCAAAUGGUAAAUUAGAUUUAGGAUAUUUCAACUUUCUAAAUAAAAAUUGGUGAAACUUUAUAAAGCCUAUUUGAUAAAUAUGAAGAAUUUAUAAAAACAAUAUAACCAUCAGGAGAAUAGAAUCCUUAAGAUGAGGAGAAUAAAUAAGACUUUAAGAAAAUACCAUAAAUCUUUUUGAAUCAAUAUCCGAACAGUAAUAAUAAACUUAUUUUAGACAUAAAGAAAACCAGAAAAUAUUUUAAAUAAUAUGAAAAAAUGUUAAUUCUUUAAAUCGAUUUAUUAAAUUAACCAAAUGAAUUAUAAGAUUAACCAAAUGAAUUAUAAGAUUAGCCAAAUAAAUUAUCAGUUUAGACAGAUAAACUAAAAUAUUUUUAGGAGAAAAGAAGAGAUGUUUUUUUUAGUGAUGAAGUAAAAACCAAAAUAAAAGAAUUAAUUAUAAAUUUAUCUAAUUAUUACAAAUAAAAAUAAUAAUAAGAAUAAUAAUUAGAAUUAGAAUAAGAAUAAGGAUAAAAAGAAGAUGGUUUAGAAUUGAUGGAAUAUUUAUCCUUUUUCUAUUAAUUAUCUAAUAGUGAUUAUUUCAAUAAAAUGAAAGCAGAUAAAAUUAAUGAUUCUAUUUGGUAAGAUAUUAAAAAUGCAUAUUAAAAAAAGAAAGAGAAGCUUCUUGACUUAAUUAAUUUAAAACCUGAUCAUAAAAUAAGAGAAGGGUUAGUCUAUAAUCUAAUAAGACUAUAAUUUAGUAUAUAAGAGUAAUAGAUUAAUUCUUUUUCAACCAAAUAUUUAUAAUACAUGUGGGUUUAUGAAAAAGAUUAAAAAGUUAGAAAUUUGUUGAAGAAUAAAGAAUUAAUUGAAAUAUAGAAAUAGUUAUUUGCUUAGGAUUUAGAUAAUUUAUCUGGUUCAAUAAAAGAUGAACUAAAAGAAAAAAUGAUAAGAUUAGAAAACCUUUAAUAAAGAAUAAAGCUUGAAGGAAAUUAAUAAAAAAGAGAUCAACUUUAAAUAGAAUUAAGGAAAACAUAUGAUGAGUUAGAUGAAUCAUUGGAUAAUAUUUCAGAAAUGUCAGAGGCAAUGAAUAUUAGCUUAAUAUUCCUUAAAGAUAUUUAAAAAGAUGUAAAAUAAAUAAAAACUUAAAUUGACAAAUUAUAAGAUAGCAUAAAUUAAGUUACUGAUGAUGUUCGUAAAUUAAGAGGAAAAAAUUAUAAAGAAUUAUUAGAAAUUAGAAAAUAAAAGAUCUUAUUUCAAUCAAAAUUAACUGAUGUAGAUUCAGUUUAUAUAUAAUUAAAAACAAUUGAAUAUGAUCCUUUUAGUGGAGGGAUUAUAAAUAAUGAUAAAAAAGAAAAAACUUAAUUAAUAUAGGAUUAAUGGAAUAAUUUUAAAGGAGAAAUUAAUGAAUUUAUUUGGUGUGAUGAACAAAUAAAGGAUGUUAUGUUACUUUCAGGAUUUGCAGGUUCUGGUAAAAGUAAAGCAGCAAGAAAAAUUGAAGAAUUUUUAUGGAAAUAAAAAGAAAUUGAUUCAAGAUGGACUCCAAUAUUUGUAUCACUGCCAAGUAUAAAAAAUCCAAAAUAUAAUUUAUUGGAUUAAGCACUAGAAUCUGAAAAUUAUUAAUUUGACAAGUAUUAAAUAAGAGAAUUUAAGGAAGCUAUAUAAGCUAAAAAAGAAUUUAUUAUUUUAAUACUUGACAGUUACGAUGAAAUGAAAUAAGAUUGUAUUCAAUAAAAUCUUAUUAUGACAAAUAAAUUAUUUUAGGAUUUAACUAUUGAUCAAAAAGUAGAUCGUUAAAUGAAAGUAAUAAUUACAACAAGGAAGGAAAUACUUAAUAUAUAGGGAUAUUAAACUUGGUUUUAUGGAGAAAGUUUAUAAACUUUAAAGGAAGUGGAGUUAUAAAAUUUUGAUGAAGAAUAAUAAAAUGAAUAUUUGAAUUAAUAUGUUGAAUUGAGUGUCAAAAGAAAAAUAAAAGAUAUUUAUGAUUUUGUUAAGUAAAUUUCUGGAUAGAACUUUGAUUUGGAAGAAUUUAUCAAUAUAUGGAGUCUAAUCUCUGAAUAGGUUAAAAAUAGUAUUCAAAAAUCGGAAUCUAUGAAAUAAGAGGGAAUUUUUCAAAACAAAGAGGAAGAAAUUAUAAUUGGUAAAAUAAAAACUCAUAAAAUUCUCUCAGUUUUAUCAGAAGAAUAAACAAUUGGAUUAAAAAAAGAAUUAUUGGCUUUAUGGAGUGCUAUUAAAUUUAAAUAAUCGAUUGCAAACGUCAAAAUUGAAGAUUUAUUAACAACUCCAUUUAUGCUAGAAAUUGUUGUUUAAGUAUUGCCAAACAUAACCAAAAGGUAUUUAGGAUCAACAGCUGUAAAAGAAAGUUUUAUUAAAAAUUAUUUAAAAUUAAAAAAAUAUAUUAGAUAAUCUCAAUUUGAAAUAGAAAAAUAUAGAAAAGAAAAUUAAAAUUAGUUUGAUUCAUAAAAUCAAUGUAAUCUUGAUGAUAAUGAUAAAACUGAGAAAGAAUUAAAAGAUUAUUUAGAAAUUGAUUAAGCAAAAAUUAAUGAAAUUGUUGAUAGCCUUGAAAAUUUGAAGUUUUUCUAGAAUUAUUCAAUUGUAAGUGUAUUAAAAAAUAAAGGAAGUUUUUUUACUUUUGAUGAUAAUAUUAUUAAUUUGAAUCCUGAUGAUAUAAAAAUUGUAUUAAUGGCUCUCAAGAUGAAAAAGUUCACAAUUUUCGAGUUUUAUGAAAGUUUUAUCAACUUUUAUCAUGAAUAACAAAUACAAAAGCAAAGAGAAAUUGGUAAAAUAACUAAUUAUGAAAAUUUUGCAUCAGAUAUUUAUCAGUUUUCAUAUUCUUUAGCUGUUGAUAUGACUUAUCGAGAUUUAUCAUAAAUAGGUUACAAGCCACAAGGUAAACUUAAUUUAGAAAGUAAUUAUAAAAUUGAAGAAGCUGUUGAGGAUUGGCUUAAGUAAUAUUUUGAUGUUGAAGACGAAUAUAAGAAAUUAAUUAGAAGUAGUAUAUUGUUAAGUGUAAAGGGAAGUAAAUUUUCAUUUACUCAUAAAUCAAUUUAAGAAUUUUAUGUUGCAAAAUACAUCUUUGAUAUUUUGUCAUCAUUAAGAAACUCUGAUUAAUUUGAUGAUGACUAGUGUUUAAUAAGAAAUAAACAAAUUUUAUAAAAAUCCUUAUUUAAUUAAACUAAAUUUAAUAUUUCAACUAAUAAUUAUCGAGGAGCAAUAAAUUUUAUUAAAGAAAAAUUAAUUCAAGUUGAGAAUUUGAAUUAAAAAUUGAUUAAAAUUGUGAAACUGUCAGCAAUAAAUAAAGAUUAUAAAUAUUCAGCCUCAAAUAGUAUUUAUUUAUUAAAAUAAAUGAAAGUUUAUUUGGGAUCAUAAGAUUUUAAUAAAAUACAUUUGGCCAAUACAAAUAUUUCUGGAUUAAGCUUUUUUGAUUGUAAUUUAAGUGAAUCAACAUUUGAAAAUGUUGAAAUUAAUUCAUGUAAUUUCAGUCUAGCUGAUUUAUCAAAUGCAAAUUGGUAAAAUGUUAUUUGUAAAGAAAAACCAUUUCUUGCUGGACAUAAAUAAAGCGUUUUAGAAGUGUAAUUUUCACCUGAUGGUAAAUAUAUUGCAUCAGCAGGAAAAGAAAAACAAAUAAAGAUUUGGGAUGCAUAAACUUAUGAACAUUGUUCAGAUUUAGAUAAGCAUACUGCUUAAGUUAAUACACUUUCAUUUUCUUCUGACUCUAAAUUUAUAUAUUCUGGUAGUGAUGAUAAAACCAUCAUAAAAUGGGAUAUAACAAAUCUUCAAGAUAUUAAAAGUAAUAAAGUAGUCGAAUUAAAAGAUGAAGUAAUAUAAGUAUAAAUUUCUUAGGAUUCAAAAAAAUUGUAUGUAUAGGGGAUAUAUGAUUUCUUAGUUUUAGAUUUAUCAAAAGAUAGUAAAAGUGAUGAAUGUAUUAUUACAAUUACAAAUGGAUAUUAUGAAAAAUUUUCAAUACAUCCAACAUAACCAAUAAUUGCAAUAUAGAAUAAAGAUAGUCUAAAAAUUGAUUUAUUUAACUACAUAAAUUUGAAUUUUGUCAAACCUUUAGAUAUUUCAGAUCAAUUCAUUUAUGAUUAUUAAGCUAGAUAAAUAGAAUAUAUAGUAUUUAGUAACGAUGGAAAUUUGCUUGCAUUUGGGACCUCUAGAAUUGUUUAUGUUUGGGAUAUGGCACAAAAUAAAAUCACAAGUAUAUUGAAUUUUCCUGACAUCUUUAUUAAAAAUAUUUUGAUUGAUUAAGAUAAUAGAAAAUUAAUUUUAGACGCUUCAAAACAAAUAUUUAUUAGAGAUAUAAAUUAGUUUUAAAUGUAAUCUUAAGAGAAAAAGUAAAUAUGCUUUGAAGUAAAAAUUUCCCCCUAAGGAAGGAUAAUUGUAAUUGUUUAUGAAAAAAAACUUAGUAUAAUAGAUAUACUACAAGAAUAACAAAUAAAUACAAUAUAAUUUGAUCUUCAACCUAAUUAAUUACAAUUUUCAAAGGAUGGCACUAAAAUAUCUUUUUUUUUAAAUGAUGAUUAAGUAAUUCAAUAAUUUCAAAUUUUGGAAGUAUUCACAGUCACUAUUAUUUGUUAACUUCAUUGGAAUGCUAAAUGUUGGAAAAAUCAUAUAAUAUCAAAUAAUUUUGAAAAACUAUUUAUUAUGCAUAAAGAAAAAGCUUUUUAUAAAACAAUAAGAAUAAAUACAAAUAAAAUACAUAAGGCUCCAUAAAUUAAAACUUUUGAAUUGUAAAUUAGAAAGUUUUGUGUCAAAGCAAAUAGUUGGAUUAUUGCUUAUUUUACUAAUGAAAAAAAUUCUAUAAUAAUUUAUGAUUUGAAUUAAAAUCAAAAAAUAUCAUAACCUAUUGAAAAUGAAGAUUAAUAAAUUUUAGACUUUUAAUUUUCACCUUGUGAAAAUUUAUUAGCUGUUGGGUAUAAUUAAAAUAUUUUAAUUUGGAAUUUAGAUUAAAAUCCAUUUGAAAUAUAAGACACUAUUAGUUUUAAUGAUGAAAUUCUAAAAUCUAUGAAUUUAUAAGAAACAAUUAGUAUGAAUGAUAUAAUUCUAGAAUCUAUGAAUUAUUCCCCUGAUGGUUAAUAAAUAGGAUUAGUAUUUUCAAAAACAAUAAUUUUAAUCUACAAUGUUAAAUAAAAAAAACUACAAAAAGUAUUUGAAACCAACUAAUUUAAAUUUUAGUAAAUUUAAUUUUCGUUAGAUAAUAACAUUAUUGGUUUACUUCAAGACCAUUCCAUUGAAAAUAUAACAAUUUUGAGUAAAAAUAACAAUUAUGAAAAAUUACUAGGAGGAGAUUUGAGUAAAUAUAAAAAUUAUAACUAAGAAUUAGAAAAAUAUGUUUAUCUCAAAUAAAUAAUAUUUACUUAAGAUUCAAAAUCUCUCAUAACUAUUUCUAGUGAAUAUCUUAUUUUAUGGAAUCUAUCAACAUAGGAAAUUACAGAUAGAAAGAAAACUUAUCUAAUUACAUAAAAAGCAACUUUUUCAUAUAAUAGAAAUUUAAUUGCUUUAAUUGGAAAUUAGGUUUUAGAAUUAUGGAUGGAAUCUUAAAAUAAAUUUAUAUUUAUUGGAUCUUAAGUUUUUGAUAUUUAUAUUGAAGAUAUCAACUUUAUAUUUGAUGAUAAGCAUAUGUUGUUAUAAGAAGAUUCACAAUUGAUUUUAUUUGAUUUAGAUUUUUUAUAAGCUGAAUAAACAUACUCAAAGGAUUUCACAUGUGGAGCAAUAUCAUCUAAUGAUUUAAUUGCUUUUGUUGAAAAUAAAAUGUAUGAACACUAUUUAUGUAUAUAUAACAACGAAUUGGAGGAAAUAACAAAUUCUUAAUUUAAAAUAUAUUAUGGCGCUAUACAAUUACAAUUUUUUGAGCAUAAGAUAAAUUUCUUAUUAAUACGUUAUUAAGACAAGAUGUAGAUUUGGGAUUAUAUAAACAAAACAAUUAUGUCAUCAUUUAAUCUCUAUUCGAUGCUUUCAAUUUAGUUGUGUUUAAAGGAUCAAAUAUUAAUUGAAUAGAAUUAAAAAAGUGUAUAUAUAUGGGAUUUCGAAGAUUUAAAAAAGAGUAAGUUACUUGGGUAUCAUGAAAAUGUUAAUUGCUUUUCUAUUUAAGAAAAUGGAGAAAUAGGUGUAGCAUUAAAAGAGUAAAAAGAGAUUAUAAUUAAAGAUAUUUUUAAUAUAGUUUUUGCAUUUCCUGAAGACGAGAAUAAAAUAAUACAAGAACUUUUCUUAUCUGUUAAAGAAAAACAAUUUAUUUUUUCAUCUAAUUAAAAUGAACUCUUUAUUUUCGACAUAGAUAAAAAACAAUUACAUCAAUAUACAGGGAUGGUCAAUGCUAUAGGUUUUUGUCAAGAAAAAAAUUACAUUUUAAUAUAAUAAGAAUCAAAAAUUGAAUUAGUUGAAUUUACAGAGAAUAAAUUUAAAAUAAGUGACACAUUUGAUUUUGAGGAAAAAAUAACUAAUUGUAGUAUUAAAUUUACAAGUAAUGGAGAAGGUUUAUCAUUAAGUUCUAAUAAUAUGAUUAGAUUAUUUUAAAUUACAAAAGAUAAAAAAAUUAUAUGCAUAUAUAGGUAUUAAAUUUUUAAUGAAAAUCCAAAGUUAAAAUAAGUAGAAAUAUUUUUAGAGCAAGAUAGGAAAUAAUAGCAAUAUUUAGCUAUUUUAGAUUAAAGCUCAUUUUAAAUAUUUAAAUAUAAAGAAUAAAAUUAAAUAGUUAAAAUAGUUUUGAGUUAAUAUAAUUCUAAAUAGGGAGUUGAUUUAAUUGAUCUUUUGGAAAAUAAGAAUUUCAAUUAAGAAAAGUAUAAGGAAUAUAUUUCUCGAGAAAAAUUUAAGAAUGUAACUGACGUUGAUCAUGGUGAUUGCUGCUUUAUUUAUUUACCUUAAAAUUAAUGGUUUGCAAUAAGCACAUUGAAAAAUAAUAUACAUUUUUGGGAUUAGAAAGCAAAAAAGAUUGUUGGAACUUUAAAAGGACAUAAAGAAAAAAUCAAUUUUAUGUCAGUUUCACAUGAUGGCAAAUUUCUAGCCUCAGCAAGUGAUGAUAAACUGAUUAAAUUAUGGAGUAUUAAUUAGAAUGAAUCAUCAGAAAUGUAACAGGCUCAUUCUUAAGAGAUUACGGCCAUAUAAUUUUCAUAAGAUGGUUAAUUUGUUGCAUCUGCAAGUGGUUAACAAAUUUUUCUUUGGGAUUUUAUAGAUAAAAGAUUUAUGAGUUAACUAGAAGGUCAUAAAAAAGAUGUUUGUUGUUUAGAAUUCUCUUAAUGUAAUAGAUAUUUAAUAUCAGGAAGUUAAGAUGGAACAAUAAUAUUUUGGGAUAUUUAAUAUCCUAAAGCAGCAGAAUUAAUAUAUAUUAUAGAUAAAUUUGUUUUCCCCUUAGAUUCUAUUAGCUUUUCUCCUAAAAACUAAAGUUUAGUAGCAUUAUGUGAAUAUAAAUUAUUAAAAUGGAAUUUAGAUAACAUUGAACAAUAAGAAAAUGACAGAACUAUUACUCUAAAUUCAGGAUCAGAAUCAUACAGUUUUAUUUCAGAUGAUGAAUUUAUUUAUUUUGAUAAAUAAUUAAAUUCAUUGACUAUUCUAAAUUAUAAAACAACAAAAUCUAUAAUGUUAAAUUGGAUAUUAGAUAUUAAACAAAUAAUAACAUCCAAAAAUAUUUGUCUAAUAUUGGAUAAAAAUGGAAAUUUAUUCAAAAUAGAAAAAGAAAAUAAUAAAUGGUAGAGAUCUUGGGUUUUUUGUUCUUAAUCUAUUAACAUUUUCCUUUCUCCAAAUGGUUAAUUUUUAUAUUAAGUAAGUGAUUGUACUACUAAUUUAGAUGUAUAUGAAAAUAGAAAAACAUUUUAAACUACCCUGCAUAAUUUCGAAAAAUUAAAAGACUUUAAAUAUAUGUUUUAAUAUGAAUUUGAUCGUUUUGAAGUAAAAAAAGUCGUUUUUUCAUCUGAUUUAACUUAAGCUAUUUUAACUAAAAAAGAUAAAGUAGAAAUCUAUGAAACCAAAGAUUGGAAGAUUAAAAAAGAAUAUAAUGGAUGUAAAUUUCCUGAAUAACCCUAAAUAACCAAAGAUAAAUAAUAUUUAGCUUGUUCUUCAGCUAACGACAAAUAUAGUAUCUAUGUAUGGGAAAUUAAUUAUCAAACAAAUACGACAAAUUUUGAAAUUUAAAAACCCAAAAUACUUACUGUUAAAAUAUCCGAAUCAAAUGAAAAUAAAGAAUAAGAAUUAAUCAUAUUCAAGGUAUCUUCUUAAGAUUCAAAUAAAAUCUAUGCUUUAUAUAAAGAUUGUACCAUUAGAGAUUGGAAUAUUAAAAAUGCUUCACAUGAAAUAUUAAAUACAUUACCAGACACUUUUUAAAUCAACUAAUUAUUAGAUACAUUUUUAUGCAAAUAACUUAUUUAAUUUUCUGAAAACCUUUAAUAUGUAAUGUAUCCAAAUGAUACAUGCAAUUUAAUAUAUAUAUUUAAUAUUCAAAAUCAAGAAAAUUCUUAGGAAAUUUUUGUAGGGAAUAAUUUUAAUAGAUUUGCUUUUUGUUAAAAUAAAGAUAUAUUUGCUAUUUCAAUUAGCAGUGGAAUCUAAUUAAUUAAGGAUAAAGAAUAGUCUUAAAUAUCUUUAUUUAAUGAAGAUGAACUUAAAUUCUAUGAUUAAACUGGGCUUGUGACAUCAAUAUGUUUUUCACAUGAUGAUUAAGAAAUAGUAUUUUGUCAUAAUAAAAAUAUCUAUAUAUACAAAAUAAACGAAAAUCUAGAAACCUAAAUUCUGGGAUGUUGGAAUGUAUCAGACUACUAUUAUUAAUAAAUUUUUAAUUCCUCAGAAUCAAAAUUAGAAUUUAUGUUUGUAGAUCAAAAUGAAAUAUCCUCUAUUAAAUUAAAUCCUUCAAUCCUCUAAAUAGAAAUCCUCAAACGAACAGAUUUAAAUUGUUAGUUUGCUUGUUUCUCUCCUGAUAAUAAAUAUAUGGCUAAAUUAAUUUCUUCUCUUUAAAUACAAGAGAUGUAAAAUCUAUAAAAGAUUCAUUAAGUAAAUUAUUAGGGGAAUUUGUUAUAAUUUUAAUCAAAAGAAAUUUUAGUAAUUGCAGAAAAUGAAAAAUUAAUGUUUAUAAAUAUAAGUAAAAUUGAUGAAGAUAAGACUUUUAUAGUUAAAGAAUAUGCAUUUAUAGACUAAAUAACUAGAAUUGCUUUAACUUCUAAAUGUUUAUUAAUUUUAUUAAAAAGAAAUUAUUAUGAUAAAUAUCAUGUAAUAUUUGAUUUCAUUGAUAAUUUGGAAGAACGCUUAUUCAAAGCUUUUUAUCAUUCAGAUUAAUUUCCAGUUUUUUCAGAGAAUGGAAAUUGGUUUGCUUUAGGCAAUAAACAAUAUAAUUAAAUAAUAUUAAUAAAUAUUAACAAAAUUCAAUAAGAAAGAUGCAGAGAUAUGCCAGGAAAUAUAAUUUCUAAAAGAAUUAUCUACUCAUAAGAUGGAAAUUUCCUAAUUUUCUUGUAAUGUGAUUAGAUAUUCCUUUUAAAUUCAUAAAGUUUGAAAGUAGUGAAAUAAAUAUCAAUUGAUUCCUUUAAUUGGAUCUAGUUUAAUAUUAGUUCCCAAUAUUUUACUUUACAAAGUAAUUCUGAAUUAAGGUUUUAUUAGUUAUCUAAUGAAUAAAACUUUAUUUUAUUCAAAAAUUUUAAUGAAAUUCAAAUUAUAGACAAACUUUGCUCUUUUGAAUUAUCUCCAAAAGGAGAUUUCUUGCUUACAGGAGAGUAAUGUGAUUAGGUAAACUCUAUUACUUUAUGGAAAGUUGACUCUAAUCAAAAUAUAUGUGAAAAAUUAUAGACAAAUAAUUAAAUUAAUGCUAAAGUGCUAUUUAUUAAAUUUAAUCCAGAUCGAAUCAAUUUUGUGGCAGGACUAGAAGAUGGAUCUGUUAAUUUAUACUAAAUAAAUAUUUAAAAAACAAAUUAUUUAAAAAAAUAACCUCAAGAAUCAAUGUAUUAAAUAGUUUGUUACUAAACCUUCGCUAAAUAUUCUGCUUUGAAUACUCAAAAAUGUAUUGUAUCUUAAGAAACAAAUAUUUCAUCAGAAAAUAAAACAAUAAAUAAACUUUUCACUUGA